CAUUAAGUGAACACACUGGCUGAAUUCUCUGAACACAGAUCGUUUCUGUGGUUGGGUCUUCAGACGGAGGGGAUCCGUUCCGUUAACCUUCCCAACAGAUUUUAGGCCGGACGAACGCCAUUGUUGUUAAAGCACAGGCCCGACUGGGAUAAAUCUAUGAGCACAGCGAAAAGACACAUUGAGAUGAGCGGUCAAUUAAAUGCCAACAACGAGUUUAUGGAGCAGCUGCGGAUGCAGGAGCUCUAUAAUAGGAGACGUGAGGCUGGCUCUGACCCAAACACCUACACUGACCCAGAGGAUGGCACCGUGUACGACUGGGACCAUGAAAAGAAGGCCUGGUUCCCUAAAAUAACGGAGGACUUCAUUGCUGCCUACCAGGCCAACUAUGGCUUCACUCCGGAAGGAGAUCCAGAUCCAGAUGCAGCUGCAGCGAGCAGCGCCAACCCAGCAGCACCAGAACCACACAGCAAGCGCUCAGAAAAGGAGAAACCAGGAGAUACCCCAAGGAAGCAGAAGCCAGACAAGCCUGAGACCGCAGCAGAAGAAGCCAAACAGAAAGGGGAGAAGAGAAAACCAGAUCCAGGAUGGUUUGAUAUAGAAGAAAAUAAAAACACGAACGUCUACGUAUCAGGCCUGCCUCCUGACAUCAGCACGGAGGAGUUUGCUGAGUUAAUGACCAAGUGCGGCAUUGUGAUGCGGGACCCCGUUAGUGAAGAGUUCAAGGUCAAACUCUACAAGGAUAAAGAGGGAAAUCUGAAGGGAGACGGUCUCUGCUGCUAUCUCAAGAAGGAGUCAGUGGAGUUGGCUCUGCGUCUGAUUGAUGAGUCAGAGGUGCGAGGUUACAGGCUCCAUGUGGAAGCAGCCCGGUUUGAGCUGAAAGGCCAGUACGACGCCACAAAGAAGAAGAAGAAGAACAAAGACCAUCGGAAAAGAAUGCAGAACCAGCAGAAACAGUUGGACUGGAGGCCAGAGAAGCAAGGAGAGUUGAGGAAGAGGCAUGAAAAAGUUGUCAUCAUUAGGAACAUGUUCCACCCCAGUGACUUUGAGGAAGACCCACUGGAGUUGAAUGAGUAUCGUGAGGAUCUGCGGUCAGAGUGUGACAAGUUUGGAGGGGUCAAGAAGGUCAUCCUCUUUGAUAGACACCCAGACGGCGUGGCAUCAGUCGCAUUUAAGGAGCCUGAACAAGCGGAUGCGUGCAUAGAGUCGUUCAAUGGCCGCUGGUUUGGAGGAAGGCAGCUGACUGCUGAGCUUUGGGAUGGAACAACAGACUAUCAGGUGGAAGAAACAACACGUGAGCGGGAGGAGCGGCUGAAGGGUUGGUCUACUUUCCUGGAGGGAGGCGAUAAGGGCCCUCAGAACAACACGGCCAAGCCAGCAGAACCCAGCACCACCGAAACAGAACCCGCCAGCGCCACGGAGCCCGAACCCGCCAGCGCCACGGAGCCCGAACCGCAGCCCAAAAUAGAACCACAGAAACAGGAAGAGGAAGCAGACUCUACAGAUAGCAGCAUGGAAGGAAGCGAUGAUGAGAAAGCUGGAAGUGAUAAUGAGAAAGCCUAGAUACUUAUAUGCACAUCGUUGGUCCCCAUGGCAACCAAUCAGGACUGUCCUGCUUGAUUGUGAACUGUGGUAAACGUGGAGGAGGUAUUUGGAAAGUUUGAGCUGUUUUGUAAUGUAGAAAAAUAAAAUUAUGAUUUUGUCUACCCUA